AUGGUGACUGGGGAGAACAGAAACAGACAAUGUCUCCAGGAGCCCUUCGUCCGCUCUCUGUCCUCCUAUCACUUCCACGGCUCCAGCAGCCCGUUUGACCGCAGGAUCACCUGUUUGGAGUGGCACCCCACCCACCCCACCACCCUGGCUGCAGCCACCAAAGGUGGAGACAUCUUAAUGUUGAACUACACCAACCCCACGAAAGAAUCCUUCUUUCAAGGGAACGGAGCAGGAGACUCGAUUGGAGGGAUGAAGUUCUGUCCCACAGAUUUUUCCAAAGUCUAUUUGGCUUCUGGGGAAGGCACGCUCACCCUGAAGAGCUUUGAGGGCCACCCAUCCACUCUGCUGUCCAGAACCGGAGACUGUGACCACGAUUACCACAACGUUUGCUUCAGGUUCAGAGACCUGGGAAACCACCAAGUCAGCUGGGUCCUGUUCGGCAGCUGUCGAAGCCAGCAACGGGUCCCCGCUGGACAGUGUCAACUGACGGGCCAGACGGUGACGGAGCACCUUGAGGGAGAACCGGCUGCAGUGCGCACACUCCUCCGCCGACUCAAGGGAUGCUUGGGCGUGUUUCAAGCCGAGGCACACCACACAGGUUGGAUUUUUAGUGAUAAGCUGCACAGAGCCAAAGUGACCCACGCAGAGUUUAACCCWCGGUACGACUGGUUGCUGGCGACGGCCUCAGUGGACCACACAGUGAAGCUCUGGGACCUGAGGAACCUCAAAGACAAGAAAAGCUUCCUUUACGAAUUACCUCACGAGAAAGCUGUCAACUCAGCCUAUUUCAAUCCGUCGGACUGCUCCAAGCUGCUCACCACAGAUCAGAACGACCAGAUCCGUGUUUACGCUUCCUGUGACUGGACCAAGCCUCAGCAGAUCAUUCAGCACCCACACAGACAGUUUCAGCACCUCACACCCAUCAAAGCCACGUGGCAUCCCAUAUAUGACCUGAUUGUGGCUGGGCGCUACCCUGAUGACCGGAUCUGCACUGGCGAUGAGAAAACCAUCGACAUCUUUGACUCCAACAGUGGCGAGCUCGUGUUCCAGUUGUACGAUCCMGUCGCCUCAGGGAUCAAAUCUGUCAAUAAAUUCAGUCCAAGGGGUGAUGUGAUUGGAUCUGGCAUGGGCGUCACGCUGCUGCUCUGGGACCACGACGAGUCGCUGCUCGGCGAUGGGCAAAAACCGCAGGAAGAAAUGCCGACUUCGUCCGGUUUGUCGCGGGGCCAGAGGAGGAGUCAGCAGCGCUCCAGCAGAGACCGCAAAGGUUCAGCUGCGGAUGCAAAGCUCAAGAAGAAACUCGCUUCUCUGGAAGAGACUGAGACCAAAACCAAGACUGGGUGCACUAAACAAAAACCAGCUCAGACCAAGAGGAAGAAGUAA